UUCAUUUUUUAACAUCGCUCCAACCCAUUUAUGAAAUUAUUCCCAACAAUGCCUCCAUCCACACCUCUUUCGAUCCUAAUCACGAUCAUCAACGCCGCCAUCUGCCUCGACUUCAUCUCGAACAAAACUCAAAAUCCCUCCCUGCAAAUCCAAUUACCAGAUGGCUUAAUCCAGGGCAGGCUCAAACACACCGCCGACACAGACAUGCCUUAUUAUUCUUACGAGGGCAUCCCUUAUGCAAAACCACCUGUUGGCGAGCUACGCUUUGAACCGCCCCAGCCGGUGGAGGGGUGGGACGGGGUGUUGGAGGCUAAUGGAGACGUUCCCGCUUGCUUCCAGAUACCGCCGAUCGGGUAUGAGGACGAAGACUGUCUUUACAUCAACGUGUAUGUGCCGAAGAAGGUACCAGAAGACGAGGGGGCCAAGGCCGUCAUGGUGUGGAUUUACGGGGGCGGGUUCAUGUUUGGAAAGGGCAGUUCCGUCUUUUAUGGGCCCGAUUAUUUGUUGGAGAGGGACGUGAUCGUGGUCCAUUUCAAUUACAGGAUGAAUGUCUUUGGCUUCCUCGCUACUGAAGACAUGGCCUCCCCCGGCAAUUACGGCCUCAAGGACCAACAAGCCGCCCUCAGAUGGGUCCGCGCCAACAUCCACCUCUUCGGCGGCGACCCCGACAGAAUCACAAUCUUCGGAGAAAGCGCCGGAGCAGCCUCGGUCUCCUACCUACAACUCUCCCCCAGGAGCCACAACCUCUUCCAUCGCGCCAUCGCCCAAAGCGGUAGCGCACUAUGCACCUGGGCCUUCCAAGCCAACCCUCUCAACAUCGCCAAGAAAGUCGCAGCUGCCUCCGGACUCUACUUCGGUGACACCACCAGCAUGAUCCAACACUUCAAAAGGUUGAAAGCCACAGCGCUCAGAAAAGCCGCCAUUACCGCCAUACUUGCCGACACUAUCAAAAAAGAGCAGAGUUUCACGUUCGCACCGGUUCUGGAACCGGAGCACGAGCAGGCUUUGAUCACUCAGAGCAACUUCGAGAUGUUCAAAAAGGGGGAGUUUGUGAAGGUUCCGUUCGUGGUGGGGUUCAACUCGCAGGAGUCUGGGGUUAUGGAGGCGGCCGUGGAGGUGGUGAGACCUUUAUUGAGUAUUUUACCCGACGAUAUUUUGAUUCCGCCGAGUUUGAAUAAUUGGGAUAGAGGGAUUGGAAAGGCUAUUAAAGAAGAGUACUUUGGAGACGGCGGGAAGUCAAGAACUGAACAGUAUAUUGAAUUUUUCAGUGACAACGCUUUCGUGAGACCCAUUAUCGAAAAUGCACGACUUUACUCACUGCAUGCACCCACUUAUAUGUAUAGAUUUUCAUAUGAAGGCUACUACCUAGGGAAAAACGCAAUUUUGAUGGGCGAAGACCACAAUAUACAAGGGGUUUACCACGCUGAGGAACUCUGGUACAUCUUUGCCCGAAAAGACCUACAACAUGCCAAUGCCACUGAUAAACUGACACGUGAACGAAUGAUCCACCUUUGGACCAAUUUCGCCAAAUUCGGUAAUCCCACUCCUGAUGAUAUGUGGCCACAGUUCAAAAAAGACGACUAUCCCUACCUCAACAUCGGGAACAACUUGACGAUCGAAUAUAACUUCAAGUCGAAAACGAUGGAAUUCUGGAGGAAGCUCUUCGCUAAAUAUGGACGUCCACCUUUUAAUACAUAUUAAUGUUAAUUAAAAUUUAAGAGAGACGAAGAAAUAAA